AUGGAAAGAUUGCAGAGAUUACUCGGCUCUGGUGCCGGACUUGGGGGAGCUGCUCCUCCACAAAGUGACGGGCCUGCCAUAGAUAAUGCUGAAACUGUAUACAUAUCAUCCUUAGCGUUAUUGAAGAUGUUAAAACAUGGCCGUGCUGGGGUGCCAAUGGAAGUCAUGGGGUUGAUGUUGGGUGAAUAUGUAGACGAAUUCACGAUCCACGUAAUCGAUGUUUUUGCCAUGCCCCAAUCAGGUACUGGAGUUUCUGUCGAAGCUGUUGAUGAUGUUUUCCAAUCGAAUAUGAUGGAUAUGUUGAGACAGACUGGACGCGACCAGUUGGUUGUAGGCUGGUACCAUUCGCAUCCAGGGUUUGGUUGUUGGUUGUCGUCUGUUGAUGUCAACACCCAGCAGUCGUUUGAACAGUUGAACAAGCGUGCUGUUGCUGUUGUUAUAGAUCCGAUCCAAUCAGUUAAGGGUAAAGUUGUCAUAGAUGCAUUCAGAACUAUAGACACGACAACAAUGAUGAUGGGCCAAGAACCUCGUCAAACUACUUCCAACGUCGGUCACUUGAACAAGCCGUCGAUCCAGGCGUUAAUCCACGGCUUGAACCGCCACUACUACUCGUUGAACAUUGACUACCACAAGACAUCGUACGAAACCAAUAUGUUGUUGAACUUGCACAAGAAGAACUGGCAGUCGGGCUUGAAGUUAGUAGAUUACAACCAUAAAGAGCACGAGAACUUGGAAAACACGGAGAAGAUGGUCAAGAUCGCUGAGUUAUACAACCAGAGAGUGCUGGAGGAAAAGGAGUUGCUGGAGGAGCAAUUGAAGACAAGAUACGUAGGCAAGCAGGAUCCAAAAAAACACUUGUCCGACACGGCAGAGAAGUUGAUUGAAGAGAAUGUGACUACUUUAUUGACCAGUAAUAUCAACGCCCUUGCAAUUCAGUAG